CUGAGAUUUCUUUGUGCAUGGCAGCUGCAGCUGCAUGUUGGUCCCAAGCUCGGAGGAGAAAAUGGGAGGGUUGGAGACUGUGUCGAAGUCUCCAUGAAAAUCAGCCUCGUGCCCCUCAUGGUACUGUUGUCGUCCAAAAUUAUAUCGUCUCAGUCGUCGCCCGGGUUACCAAGGGCCGCGCAGGAUGUUGGAGGACUUAACCAGGCUGCGAAAAGUCAACUGUCACAACCUGCUCAUGUACUUUUGGCAUCCGGAAGCGUAGCAGCACCACAACGGCUGUCGAAGAUCGACGAACGUACCAAUCAGCAACAGAGCCGUACUCGUUCUGAACAGAAGAAUCAUGACAGCGCGGCUCCACUAUAUCACGAGUUAUACGAAGACUUGAAUGACGUAUCGAACUGGGCAGACAUUGUGAACAUUCAACGACACUGGAUUGGCGAAUGCAAUGCAUAUCGCGUGACGCUUAAGUUAUACUGUCAGGAGAUAUCAGAUUAUGAUGAGCAGAUCGAUCUCUGCCUAGGCUCGCCAUCUGAGCUUAUAAAUGGAAGAUGUGUUGUUGUGAAAAGCACCCAUGUUCUGAAUCAGUCGAAGUACUGGAAUAACGUUGGCGGUCAAAGUUGCUUGAAAGUAAAGUGUGAAAACCCCGUCACCGGGGAACUCAUGGAUGUAGUCGUUACAGAUGACUAUCCAUACGAUGAAUUUACCGAUGCCCAUUUAGGUUUGACGGAUGUGAAAUCCAGCAAAUGCAUCUUCGAAGACCGAGCAGAAGAUGCUAAAGUUAAAAUUAUCAGCGAUGAGGUAUGUUCAACAUUUGAUGAAGGUCAGGCAGAAUUCAUUUUUCAGAUUGAUGAGCAAAGUCAAAAUGUUUUGCAGCUGCUGACGGAAAAGGGCUAUCAUAUCUACCCGUCAAGUCACAAGCUAAGGGAUUGGGUAGUUUCACGACAGCGAUACUGGGGAACGCCAAUACCGAUCAUUCAUUGUCCUAAUUGCAAGACAGUCCCUGUUUCAAAGCAAUGUCUGCCCAUAAUUUUGCCAGAUGCAAAUGGAAGAAAUCACAUUGAGUGUGGACCUGUUUAUAAUCUGGCUGCUUUUCCCGACUGGGUAAACGUUCGAUGUCCGGUAUGCAAUUCACAUGCCAAACGCGAGACAGACACGUUGGAUACGUUCUUCGAUUCGUCUUGGUACUUUUUGCGUUACCUCGAUGCUCAUAAUCGUGAACGGCCGUUUGACCCAUCGAAGGUUGAAGAAUAUAUGCCCGUGGACGUUUAUGUUGGGGGUAAAGAACACGCAACCCUACAUUUGUACUACGCGCGAUUCAUGAAUCACUUCCUCCAUCGUCUCGGAUGGGUACGACAAAAGGAACCGUUCGCUCGGUUUCUGGCCCAAGGCAUGGUGAUGAACAAAGCGUACCAGAUCGCUGAAACCGCUCAGUACAUUCCGGAAGAACGGGUGAAGAAAGAUGGUGCUGUUUUGAGAGAAGAAAGCGGUAAAAUCGUGACAUUCAAGUGGGAGAAAAUGAGCAAAUCUAAGCACAACGGCGUGAACCCGUUGGCAAUAUUGGACGAGUAUGGAAGAGAUUUUACAAGGCUACUGGUUAUGGCUAACGUUUCGCCCCAGUCAUUCCGUAACUGGAACUUAGACAAUUACAAAGGUCUUCAACACUGGAUUAACCGUAUCACAUGGCUGAUCAACAUGUAUCUGAAGGAACAUUCGUUGGCAGUGACGGAUCGUCGCACAUUGGCGAGUGAUUCUGCCGUUGACUCUGUCAGCGAUGCUUCACUGAGGAAAAAGUAUAACUUCACUGUUCGUAAGGUGUCUUUCCAUUUGGAAUCGACACAUUUGUUGAAUACCGCCAUCUCCUGCCUUCAAAAGUUUACCAACGAUUUAAGGAAGUGUCCUACUGAGACGAUCAAACAAAGUUCAGAAUUUACAAGAUGUCUGCGGUCAUUAAUUGUCAUGUUAUUUCCGUUUGCACCUCAUGUGAGUGCCGAGUUCUGGGGCGCGCUUUCAAACAUACCAGCGUGCAAGAAUUUUUUUCCGGUACUGCAGGCAUAUCCCUAG